AACCAGGGGAGGCUUCCGCACCCGCCGCUCUAGCUCGCCUCUGAUCAUAGAGCCCGGACGCCCGCCCCUUCCGGGGAGGAGCCGGAUGUCCGGGAUCGGGUAGCAAGAUGGAAGACAGUGAAUACGAGUCGGUUCUCUGCGUCAAGCCCGAAGUGCACGUUUACCGCAUCCCGCCGCGGACCACCAACCGCGGCUACAGGGCUGCAGACUGGCAACUGGACCAGCCUUCAUGGAGUGGGCGACUGCGGAUAACAGCAAAAGGGCAGAUGGCUUACAUCAAACUGGAGGAUAAAACUUCAGGAGAGCUCUUCGCCCAGGCGUCUGUGGAGCAGUUUCCCAGCAUCGCCGUGGAGAGCGUGACAGACUCCAGCAGAUACUUCGUCAUCCGGAUUGAGGACGGAAGUGGGCGGCGAGCAUUUAUUGGCAUUGGCUUUGCUGACCGAGGGGAUGCCUUUGAUUUCAAUGUAGCGCUGCAGGACCAUUUCAAGUGGGUGAAGCAGCAAUGUGAGUUUGCCAAACAAGCCCAGAACCCGACUCCUGGCCCCCAGCUAGACCUGAGCUUCAAGGAGGGCCAGACCAUCAAGCUCAACAUUGCGAACAUGAAGAAGAAGGAAGGAGUGGCUGGAAACGCCAAAUCUCGGAUGUCAGGCAGUAUGGGAAUGACCCUCCUUCCUCCUCCUCCAGGGGGCAGAGCAUCUACCCAGCUGCCCCCCACUGAGGAGCACCUGCCUGUGGGAGUGGCCCAAGCCCAGCCCGGACUUGUUCCCAGUACAGAUGCUGGUUUAACCUGGCCACAGCUCAAUCCCACCACUGCCGCCACAGCAGAUGUCUGGGGAGACUUUGCCAAAGCUGCAGGGUCAACUUCAGGCCAGGCUCAGCAGAACUCAAACUGGGUCCAGUUCUAACCUGGAUGCACUUUUUGCUUUCCCAAUGUAAUUCCUUGGGAAGAAGCGUCUUUACUGUGGACCAAAGGGUGGAGGAUCCAGAUUUCCUCAACCUCUCCAUUUGGAAUGUGCCUCCUUUCUGUCUUCCUCCUCUGCCUCCCCCAGGUCCUGCUCCUCUGUCUCCAUGGCAUCUCUUGUCUGAUUGGGCAUUGUAGAAGACUUCAGGAUUCAACACUGAAAACAGAGACCCAGGAACGGAGAACCCGCCCGCUCCUGAGAGAGAGCCGAGAGGCCUGGGUCAGUUUGCUUCCCUGGCUGAUGCCUCCUAACCACAGUGUUUACAUUUUGAAAGCAAGAGCUCAGUUGGUGUUAGGGUGUUCCUCCAUCCACCAUAGCUACUAAAGUCAGGUUUCAGUUUGCUCCAAGGGGAUAAAGAUAUCCAAACAGGUUUCCCAGGAGCCUAAGGGCUGAGAGGGCCCCUUGGGAGGAGACCCAGUAACACCCAUUUGUAUUAAGGCUUUCCUUUGUAAUAUUUGCUUUGCUGAUCUGCCUACUUCACACUCCUCAUGGGCAGCUGCCUUUCCAGGACCUCAGGAAGGAUCCCUUCCUGGCAGCCACAGUGCCCACUGUUCUCCUCCCUAUUCUCAGGGGUUCUGGGGCCAGUUGUCACCACCUCCUCAUGUUGCACUGAGGGCAGAAGCGGGAGACUUGGGUGGGUCUACCAGGAUGUUGGAGAGUCAAGCCCAGAAUGUGCCCACUCCAGGAGGCCCUGUACUCCAGGCCCUGCGAGGAGAGGCUCCUGGGGCUGCGCCCACCCUGGGGGGUUUCUGAGUGCCUUGUUGUCUAAGGACAACCACUUCCUUUUCCUUUUCCUUUCUACGUGCACUGUGAAUGAAAGCUAGGAGCCACCGAGGGAACUGAGGCAGGGCUUACCUGCACUACUGUAUUUAAAGUAGUCUUAUCUCUGCAAGCCUCUGAAAUUCCUUUUCACGUCUUGUACGCCUUGUACCUUGGCUUUCAUUGGAAAGGUUUUGUUCUUUUUUCAGAUUGGAUUUUUGUUUGGAAGGACUGAGACCAAGAAAAAUGCUUUUCUACGAGAUUAGAGUGGAGAUUUUUCUAAAUAAGAAAAGUGUUAACAGCCUUUCCUAGUUUAUGUCAAGGACGAGGAUGUUUUUGACCAUGUAUACCCUUCCUGUGUGGCUGCUGAGUACUUUUGCCUUACUCUCUAUUCGUGUUUAGUAGAAGUUUGGGGGUUUCUGAAGCAAAAUGUGGGAAUGUGUUCAUUUGAAACCAGCAAUUUUAAGUGCCUUGAGUUAAAUCCCUGAUGAAACAAGCUGGAUGAGAAUAAAUGAUAUUUGGACA